UGGGUCCACAUGUCAGUGAGUCUUAUCAAGUUAGCCCUUCUUAGCUGGGGUUCAACGGUUAAACCCUAUCUUCCAUUUUUCCUCGCUGCUUCUCCCAGGCCUCCGUCGAGCUCCUCCCUCGCCCAGCCACCCUGGGGCCAAAAUUUCCAGAACCUUCUAGACGCCUCGCGCGCACCACGCCAAUCUGCUGCUGCUCUCUCGAUGGUGCGCCUCCACCAGCUCCUUUCUCGCGCGCUCGCAUCUCACCAAAUCCUCCCUUGUACCACCUCCGGCGUCCGCUCCACCCCGCGGCUGCUCCUCCGUCCCCGGUCGCCACCGCCUGCUCCUCCUCCCCACGGUCGUACCUUGCUUCCCAUCAUCGUAGCGGCGUCGCGGCAAUACGCCUCGUCGACCUUCGGGAGGCGAAGGCGCUCGUCGCGGCCGCCGGUGUUGCUGGGGCGGAAGAGAGCGAGGAGGCCGACGCGGAAGGGCCCUGGCGAGCUCAGCGUGCAAAUUGGCAUUGAGGAGGCCCUCCCCGACGAUCCUGAAAUCCUGGGCAUUGCUGAAACUCUUCGGACAGAUGUUGGGAAGGCAGUGAAGCUGGCCCUCAACGACCUUGAAGGCUCAGAUUACAUUACCAGAGAUCCUUCUGUAUGCAAUGUAAACAAGUAUGCUAGCAUUGAGGUCUCUCUUCUGCUUUGCGAUGAUGAUUUCAUCAGGAAGCUCAACAAGGAAUGGAGGGAUGAGGAUCAUGCUACGGAUGUUCUGUCGAUGUCUCAGCAUAUCCCAGAGCUUGAUAUUCCCAUUCUGCAGUUGGGUGAUAUAGUAAUUUCUGUUGAAACAGCUCGACGGCAAGCAGAAGAAAGGGGCCACACACUUCUUGAUGAGAUAAGAAUUCUCAUGGUGCACGGGCUGUUGCAUUUAUUGGGCUUUGACCAUGAAGUCAGCAAGGUGGCUGAAGAAGAGAUGGAGAAAGAAGAAGAACAUAUAUUAAAUACUCUUGAAUGGAGUGGAAAGGGAUUAAUUAAGAGUGCCUAUGAUAUUGCUACUGGCAUGGAACAUUUACAAAAUUCUGUUGAGGCUGAUAGCAGUAUAGAGGAAGCGAUCCUACAAGAGAAACAUCAAGCCAAACUAAGCCAUAUCAUUUGUGAUAUAGAUGGUACUAUUGUGGAUUAUGAAGGAGGCCUGCAUGAAAAAUCAAUAGGAUCUUUGAGAGAGGCAAUUGCAAUGGGAGUAAAUAUUAUCAUGGUUACUAGAAAGAGUCGGGCUUCCACCAUUAGAACCUUCAAGCUUCUUGAUUUCCAUGAAAAAAGUGAUUUUAUUUCAGAGACUUCACCUGGUGUAUUUUUGCAGGGUUCACUUGUCUAUGGAAGGGAUGGCAAAGAAGUUUAUAGAGCAGAACUGGAUUUAGAUGUCUGCAAGGAGGCAUUGCUGUACUCCUUGAAGCAUAAAAUUCCUCUUGUCGCGUACUGUGAGGAACAAGGUCUAACCUUGUUUGAACACCCAUUUGUUGACUUGUUGCACACUGUACAUAAUGAAAACAAGGUAAAAGUGAUGCAUUCAAUUGAGGACCUUUUGGAAUGUUCAUCUAUUCAGAAAUUGCUUCUUUUUGAUAGUACCAAAGAGGAUUCAUCUGCCCUAAGGCAGCAUUGUUCAGAACUGACCAAAGGGAAAGCACAUGUUAUCAAAAUGCAUCAAGAUACAAUUGAUAUUGUUCCCCUCAAUGCUUCAAAAAGUGGUGGUUUAAGAAUUCUACUUGAUCAUCUUGGAAUAACAAAAGAUUGUGAUCUUGAUGCUGUUGGAGACUAUACCAGAUGGCUGAGCAACAAAUGAUUCAACUGACAUCAUUACUGGAUCAUUCUUAAGAAAAAAACAUGGAAUGGUAGGCAUAAUGCAUGUGCCAAAGGAAUGAAAUUAUCACUUUGGACAUGUUUGCUCUGAAGGUUGCAAAAACCGUGUACAGCACCAUCCUUUUUAGUUGGCAAUUCAUGCAUUUUUAUAUUUGGAAAAGGAAGGUGAAUGUCAAUUUAGAUAUUUCCUUCAGAUCAUUUUGUUGAGAUGCAUGGAAAGAGAAUUGAAUGGGCCACAUCCCUGUGCAACCGGAGCUUACCAUGUGGCCUUUGCUUCUGUCCAAAGUCAUCUGCAACACCAUUUUUAACCCUACAUAGAAUUUUUUUAUAGUUUCGUUUGGUGUAGCACUGAUAAAUGUUGCUAAGUAAAUGUGUUAAUGGUUCCUCCACGUUGUUGAUAUUUGUUUAUAUAAAAAGACUGCUGAAACAUAAUUGAUGAGUAGGAAUUCGAUGGAGGCAUUGUGACGAAGAUAACUGUAUUUUCUCUCAUGUUGUGCUUUGUUUAUUAUGACUCACCCUUCCUCAUUA